AACCCUAUGUGCUUCCCACAUACACAGACAAAAAAGCAGCGAAGUCCGAGUAAACCCUAGUUACAAGUGUGGCGUUGAGACGCCUUCUUUCCUUACAUCCAAUUCGCCUUAUCCGCAACAUUCAAUCGUCGACUAUACACCGGAGUUUCUGUCAAAUUAGCUGUGAGAUGGCAGACACCAAUGAUGGUAGAAGCUUCAAGAGAAGAGACCAGCUUUUAGAAAUGGAACAUGAAGUCCGAAAAUGGUGGGAUGAAUGUCAAGUUUUCAAUGCAGAAGCUAAUGAGCAACCUCCCAAAGAAGGGGAUAAGUUUUUUGGGACAUUCCCAUUUCCAUAUAUGAACGGGUAUCUCCAUCUAGGCCAUGCAUUUUCACUCUCUAAGCUUGAAUUCGCUGGUGCAUAUCACAGGUUAAGGGGCGCUAAUGUCCUUUUACCCUUUGGCUUCCAUUGUACUGGAAUGCCAAUCAAAGCCUCAGCUGAUAAACUUCGUAGGGAAAUCGAAAGAUUCGGUAAUCCACCUUCUUUCCCUUCAGAAACAGAUGAGAUAAUCAUCGAACCAGAAGUCAAACCUGAAGAUAACAACUCUCAACCUGAUAAAUUCAAAGGCAAAAAGUCAAAAGCAGCAUCAAAAACCGGUAAAGAGACUUAUCAAUGGGAGAUAAUGCGUGGGUAUGGUUUAUCAGACACUGAAAUUGCCACAUUUCAAGAUCCUGUUCAAUGGCUUCGAUUCUUUCCACCAUUGGCUGUUGAAGAUCUUAAAGCUUUUGGACUUGGUGCUGAUUGGAGAAGAUCUUUCAUCACCACAGACAUCAACCCUUACUUUGAUUCUUUCGUGAGGUGGCAAAUGAGAAAACUGAAAUCAAUGGGAAAGAUUGUUAAAGACUUAAGGUACACAAUCUACUCACCUUUAGAUGGACAACCAUGUGCAGAUCAUGAUCGUGCAUCAGGUGAAGGUGUAAUCCCUCAAGAAUACACCCUCAUUAAAAUGGAAGUGGUCCCACCAUUUCCCACCAAAUUCGGGUUUCUAGAAGGAAAGAAAGUCUACUUAGCUGCUGCAACCCUUAGACCUGAGACUAUGUAUGGUCAAACAAAUGCAUGGGUAUUACCAGAUGGGAAAUAUGGAGCUUUUGAGAUUAAUGAUUCUGAGGUGUUUAUUUUAACCGAACGUGCAGCUCGUAAUUUAGCUUAUCAGCAUUUAUCGCGGGUCCCAGAAAAGCAUACAUGUCUUGUGGAGUUGACUGGUCAAGAUCUUAUUGGGUUACCUUUAAAAUCACCACUUUCAUUUAAUGAGAUCAUAUAUUGUCUUCCUAUGUUAUCAGUUCUUACUGAUAAAGGUACUGGAAUUGUCACCAGUGUUCCUAGUGAUUCCCCUGAUGAUUUCAUGGCUUUACAGGAUUUGAAAUCAAAAGCUCCAUUCAGGGCUAAAUUCGGAAUAAAAGACGAAUGGGUCCUACCUUUUGAAGUCAUCCCAAUCAUCUCCCACCCUGAAUUUGGUGACAAAUCCGCUGAAAAAAUCUGCACAGACAUGAAAAUAAAAUCCCAAAACGAACGUGAAAAACUCGAUGCAGCCAAAAAAGUAAUCUACAAAGGCGGCUUCUACGAAGGGACAAUGAUUGCAGGAGAACAUUCCGGAUUACGUGUCCAAGACGCCAAAACCUUAAUCCGCACAAAACUUCUAGAAGCCAACCAAGCCGUCGUCUACAGUGAACCCGAGAAAAAAGUCAUGUCAAGAUCCGGUGAUGAAUGUGUUGUCGCUUUGACCGAUCAAUGGUAUUUGACUUAUGGCGAGUCCACCUGGCGAAAAUUAGCUGAAGAAUGUUUAGAGGAGAUGAAUUUGUAUUCGGAUGAAACUAGACACGGGUUCGAACACACGCUGAGCUGGCUCAACCAGUGGGCGUGUUCUAGAAGCUUUGGUCUCGGGACCCGCAUCCCAUGGGAUGAAGAGUUUUUAGUUGAAUCUUUAUCCGAUUCCACUAUCUACAUGGCGUAUUACACCGUAUGUCAUUUCUUACAAAAAGGAGAGCUUUUCGGAUCCGAUACUUCAUCUGUAAACCCCCAACAACUCACCGACGAGGUUUGGGAUUACUUAUUCCUUUCCGGUCCAGAACCGGAAUCGUCAAUUCCGUUGACGUUACUUCGAAAGAUGAAACGGGAAUUCGAAUAUUGGUAUCCGGUCGACCUUCGUGUAUCCGGUAAAGAUCUUAUCCAAAACCAUCUCACCUUCGCGAUUUACAACCACACCGCGAUAUUCCCAAAACGCCACUGGCCUCGAGGAUUUAGAUGUAAUGGUCACAUCAUGUUGAAUUCAGAAAAAAUGUCGAAAUCAACCGGGAAUUUUCGAACUUUAAAGCAAGCGAUUGAGGAGUUUUCAGCUGAUGCGACGAGAUUUUCUCUCGCGGAUGCGGGAGACGGAAUGGAUGAUGCCAAUUUCGUGUUUGAAACCGCGAAUGCUGCGAUUUUACGGUUGACUAAAGAGCGGGUGUGGAUGGAGGAGGUGUUGGGGGCGGAAUCGUCAUUACGCGUGGGACCGAGUUCCUGUUACGCGGAUCGGGUUUUUGCUAAUGAGAUUAAUUUUGCGGUAAAAACGACGGAGAAAAAUUACGGUGAAUAUAUGUUUCGUGAAGCUUUAAAAUCAGGGUUUUAUGAUUUGCAAGCUGCUAGAGAUGAGUAUAGGUUUUCUUGUGGGUCUUAUGGGAUGAAUAGGGAUCUUUUGUGGAGGUUUAUGGAUGUUCAGACACGUCUUAUUGCUCCUAUUUGUCCUCAUUAUUCUGAAUAUGUGUGGAAGAAGCUUUUGAAGAAAGAAGGGUUUGUUAUUAAAGCUGGAUGGCCUGAAGCUGAAAACCCUGAUUUGACUCUUCAGAUGGCUAACAGAUACUUACAGGAGUCUAUUUCAAAUUUCCGGAAGCUGCUUGUGAAGCAAUCUUCUGGUGGAUCAAAGAAAGGAAAAAAUAAUACAACUCCCCAAAGCAAACCAACAAUUGGUCUUAUAUAUGUAAAUGAACAAUACGAUGGUUGGAAGAAAGAGUGUUUGAAUAUUCUUAGAAGCAAAUUUGAUGUCCAAAAAUGUCAAUUUGCACCGGAUCAAGAGAUACUUCAGGCCUUACAGCAAAGUGUGAUUGGCGAAGAGGGAAACUUUAAGCAGACACAGAAGCUUUGUAUGCCGUUCAUGAGGUUUAAGAAGGAUGAGGUGAUAACACUUGGCGUUCAGGCGUUGGAUUUGAGGUUGCCAUUUGGGGAAAUCGAGGUUCUUCAAGAGAAUCUGGAGUUGGUGAAAAGACAGAUCGGACUUGAACAUGUGGAGAUUUUGUCUGCUAGUGAUGGAGAUUCUGUUGCUAAAGCUGGACGCCAUGGAAGUUUGUUAAAACAAACUCCACCUUCUCCAGGGUCUCCUACCUCUAUUUUCUUAACCAAGGAAGAUAUGGCUUGAAGAUCUAGCGUUAAGAUAAUGAAAGAGUAUUGGGACCCACCAGCUGGCUAAGGCAUCAAAGAAUUAGAAGAAACAAUGUUUUUGUUUUUUUAUUUUUGCCAAGUUGUUGUGAAUCAGUGAGAUCUUUUAUCAUUUCAGGAAAGCUAUGCAAGCAAAAUACACAAGAACCAAUGUUUUUUUUUUUCUUCUACUGUUAUUCGUUGCGUUUAUGGUUUGAUUGUUUUACUUUUUACCUUGAGUUAUACACAUGGUUUACGUUGUGUUUCUUUAGAUAAUUUUUCUUAAUUUUUUCCUCCU